UUCAUUUGCAUUCGCUGAACAACAUCGUUCUAUAAGUUUUAGAGCGCGUGCAAAUGGAUUUUUGUAAAAACAUUUUACUGUUUGGUUUUUCAAUUACACGAACGUGUCGUUUCUCAGUGUAUUCUAUAAGCGUAUUUUGUAACGCUGGCGUUAUUUAUUUAUUUCUUUUGAUUUUCUGUCGGCCGAAGUCUGGCUCGUCUGUCUGGCAGACUGUUAAAGGCGACGCGUCGCUGUCUGACGCCGCUCGGCUUAGAUGGAGAGAAGAAGAAAAAGAGGAAAAUUGUUUUAAAAUGGAUGACAAACUUCGGGACAAAUAGGCAGGACAUCGUGUCCUCGGCACUGUGAACCGCUGCUCUGUCCACUGAAACGAUGCAGUCUCUGCCCAUGGAGGUGGGCAGCAGCAGCUCAGCUCCUGGCGACACACUGGGCUCGAUGGUGGAGGUGUGUUUCCCCAGCACUCAGGCUUCAGUGCUGGACAGCCUGAACCGGCAAAGAGAGGACGGCCAACUCUGUGACCUCUCCAUCCACGUCCAGGGACACGUUUUCAAGGCCCACCGCUGCGUCCUGGCCGCAUCCUCACCCUACUUCCAAGACCAGGUCCUACUGAAGAACAUGUCCACAGUCUCCAUCCCUGCAGUGAUGGACCCGCUGGCAUUUGAGAGCGUGCUGAGCUGCGCCUACACCGGUCAGCUGCGCAUGCUACGCGACGACAUUGUCAACUACCUCACGGUGGGAAGUGUCCUGCAGAUGUGGCACAUCGUGGACAAAUGCACGGAAUUGCUGAAGGAGGGACGAGCUGCAGCUGGAGGAGGCAACAGCGGAGGAGGAGGAGGAGGAGGCGGAGAUGCUGUGCAGGACAGAGGCAGUGUGGGAGGAGGAGAGGUGUCAGCUAACCCCGGCUGCAGCAGCAGCAGCAGCAACGGGGACGGUGUCACAGCAGGUGGUAAUGGAGCCGGAGGCGUAGUUGGUGGGGGUCAGUCUCACGUCGCAGGCUCAAACGAGCCCCAGCGCGUUUCCCACACUCCCAGCCAUGCGACAGUGAGUGAGAGCCAGUCUCCCAGCAGCACCAACUACUUCAGCCCCAGAGACGGCAGCAGUUUUGGGGCAGGGGGUGCGGCCGCAGCUGGGGCCUCAGUGGACGGUGGCAGGGCCAGCAACACCCCCAGCUACUGCACGCCAUCGGGAGGGGAGGAGGCCUUUCUGAUUGACGAAGAGGAGGAGGAGGAGGAAGUAGAGGAGGAAGAGGAGGAGGUGCUGUACAACCAGAGGAAGAGAACAAGAGGAGGAGGAGGCAGCGGGAGGAAGAAGAAAAUGAGCUCAGUGUCAGAGCAGGAAGUCGGGGUCAGUGACAGCUUUGGAGUCUCUUCUUAUCAGGACGGGGAGGAGCAGACGUUGCCACCGCAGAACCGUCCCACCUACAGCCAGCCAAGCAUCAUGCCACGUAAACAGUGGGUGGUGGUGAAGAGCGAACGUCUGGAGGACGACGACCUCAUCGUCGUGUCCGGAGAGGAGGGUGGAGAGGACGAGGAGGACGAGGACGAGCGGGAGGUGGAGCUGGCCAGAGAGAGGGAGAGGAGUAACUUCAACAUCUCCAACGUGAGGAGCCUCUCAGGUGAACUGGGCGGCAGAGCGGAGAAUGACAUGGACUCACAGAUGGACUACUGUCAGUCUUCAGAAGACUACCUCAAAUUUGAAGGCAGUUUAAUGGACCAGACCUUAGCGCAGCACCUUCAUGACAGCGCUGCAGGCCAGAGCCAGAGUGCUAACCGUGCAGUUUCAGCGCUGCUGGGUCAGGUUCAAUCUGCAGCUUCAGCCCGAGCUCAGCUCUUUCCUCUGGACAUGCAGGGGAACCAGAUCCUCCUCUACAGUCAGGCCUCUGGACUCUCUCUGGACGCCACGGCGCCCUCUCUGGGGAUGGCAGGUGGUAUGAUCGGGGCAGCCUCUUUUAAAGGUCCCGGUCUUGAGCACGGUGCGGUCCAUCUGUCGGGUGGCCUGGGAAUUGAUGGCAUGGACAGCGGUGGGAUCGGAAGUGGCGGCAGCAGCAGCAGCAGCGGUGGAGCUUCAGGGAAAGUGUUUAUGUGCCACUGUGGGAAGACGUUCACCCACAAGAGCAUGAGGGAUCGGCACAUUAACAUGCACCUGGAUCUGAGGCCGUUCCACUGCCCUGUCUGUGCCAAGAAGUUCAAGAUGAAGCAUCACCUGACGGAGCACAUGAAGACGCACACUGGCCUGAAGCCGUACGACUGCCUCGGCUGCGGCAAGAAGUUCAUGUGGCGCGACAGCUUCAUGAGACACCGCUCUCACUGUGAGAGGCGCAGCAGGCUGGAGGAGCGCGGUGAAGGAGGGAGCGGCGGCGAGGGAGGGAGAAGAGCGGGAGGCGGAGCUGAGGAAGGGCCGGAUUUGAUUUCCGCUCCUCACCUCCUCCUGUCUGCAGGCGAGGGAGGGCAGGGUAAUAUUCUAGCUGGAGGAGGCGGAGGGAGAGGAGGAGGAGGAGCGUCCGUGUCCUCGCCGCAUCUUCCACCUCAGCACAGCAGCGUCUCGGCCACAGGAAGUGGCAGCACUGCCACUCUGAGUAACAGCAUGGCCGCCGCAGGCGCUCUUCUCGGGGUCGUGUCUCAGAGUCCAGGUCAGGGGUCUGGGAUGUUUGGAGCUCUGGGGUUGAGUCGCAGUGUUUGCGGUGAAGACGUGUGUGAAGUCAGCGCUAACGACAGCAGCGUGACCUAAACCAAAACUUGUUUGUUAUGUCCAUCGGGCGCCUCCUGGACAGAUGACGUUCCUGGUUUCUGCUGCUGUUUAGUUUUCUUGGAAGAAAGGGUGGAACAGCUCUUAGGAAAUAAGCUUAACUGCCAACACUCGGACUCAACCUUAGCUAUCGCUGAGACUAGCUGACGUCACCUGAUGUUCCUGUUCCACGGAAAACUUAACAAAACCUGCCUCCGAAAAGUGGCCUCACAAACAAAUGGACCUUUUUUUCAGUGAGUAAGCUAUUGUUUUAAAUGUAAGUGGGUACUAAAGUUUGUUAUUUUUGUGGAAGGAUGCGUACAUGUCGAGAGGAAACCAAAUACUAAAAGACAGCAGCGAUUCACGACCUCUCACCGUCUGUGGCAACAUUGUUGUCUCAGUAGAGUAGAAGAAAAGUGGCUGUUUUCUAAAAUUGCUGUGAUUUUUUUGCAGUGUCGUAAUUGUGAUUUUAUUGCUGUAAUCAUAUUUUUUAAAAACACAAAAGAAUGAAAGAGGAAAACUAGGAGAUUAGCCUAAGCCUGGUUUUCAUUAAGAUGUAUCGCAAAUUUUAUUUCAAGUUAAUUUAUGAGUGUUUCCAUCCAUCGUAAUUCAUCAGGAUGACCAGUAGAUGGCCCAGGAAGGAUGUCUUCUCUCAUCUGUUUCUGUUUUGGUUCAAAACGUCAUUCUUUAUUUUACAGAAUGUAGUUUUUCACCCUUUCACCCUUCUCGUAAACUGUAAAAACUUUUAAUGCGAUAUUUCAAGAUCUGUUUCCAUUUCCAUUCCAUUCCAAAUUGAAAAUGCGGAUAAAAAUUGUUUUUUUCAAAGAAUGAAAUCUUGCAGAUCUGCGACGUUGUGUCACAUGAUACUGCUGCGCUGCUUCUGCCUCAAACUCAUCGUGAUUUACACUUUAUUGUCCUCAUCAAGAGAGAAUCCUGAAAUCUGAUCCUGGAUGUUUACUCGUUCACCACCACUUCUGCUGCUCUGAACCUGCUUUCACUUUCUGACUGUGUUGUUCACAGAGUUCUCGUGCUUUGAGUAUAUUAUUCUGACUGUAAACACUUUAUAUAUAUAUAUAUAUAGAUAUAUAUAUGUAUAUAUACACAAAUACAAAUAGAUGUAUAUGUUAUCAGACCUUAAAAUGUGGACAAAUCAGGAAGUUAAUUAUUCUGAGAAGGAGAAAGUUUUUCUUAUUGUUCCACACUUAUUGUUUCCUAAAGAUUUACCCAUGAUGCAUCCCUUCCGGAAACCUGCUGAUGGAUGACGGUGAUCAUUGUCAUGACCUGAAACCCGGUUUGUUCUACGCAUGUGUGAAGUGCGACUGUGAAGACGGGAGGAGUUCAGCUAUAGCUGCAGCCACUCCGAAAACACGCCCACUGAGAAAACACACCCACUAGGAAAACACGCCUUAGAAAACUCUCCCACUACAAAAACCACGCCCACUAAUAACACACCCAGUAAGAAAACACGCCUGUUAAAUGUUAUCUAAAAACUAACCACUAAUGUUUUAGACGAUGUCUUUUCUGUGACCCAAUCAGCCUCAAGUGGGCGUGUCUUUCCAGGGGCACCUGCAGUUGGACACAUUUGAUUGGACACACACUGGCUACUUCUUUACUUUUCAGCAGCUUUGGGGAUUUUAAAUGAAACAAUGUUAUAUUUUGUUUCAGGAGGUAUUCUUUAAAUAUAAAUACACAUUUUUUGUUUAUUUUGUAGCAGUAACAGGAAGUAGUCGCACUUUCACAUGGAUUGAAUCGGGUUCCUGGUUCAGAUCGGGGUGGUGACGAUCACAACUAAGCUAUACAGUGUAUAGAGUGUUUACCUCCUGUGAACGGCUGGACCCAAAUGAGGAGACCACCUCAUUCUUUUUAGUAACUGUGAUGCACAAAAACUAGUUUUAAAUUUUACUUUAACUUUUUUUACUCUUUGAACAGUGUUUUCAUGUGCAGUGGUUUUGGCCUCACACGUGUCCAAAUCGUUUUGUCCAGAUUGAUUGGAUGAGAUUCAAUUCCAGGUCGAGUGGAGUCGGUUCUGCAACGUUUUGAUUUUAUAUUUCAGAAAUGUCUUAAAGAAAAUGAUUUGGGGCGAUAAUCAUUACCAUUAUUGUGUGAAAAAAACAAACAAGAUAUCACUGAGAUGGAGCGAGCAGCUUGGCCCCUUGUUUUUGAGGGUUUCUGCUUCUGUAUAACAGCAGAUUUUAAGUUGUUUUUUUUAAAUCACAAAACUGUUAUUUGUGUGGUUAUUAUCAAUCUCCGGUGGUGAUGGCCUACCCUGUUGCAACAGCCCCAGAACAGUGUUCACUGCAAGCAGGCUUCAUUGUGACGCCCCCUCCUGGCCUCAGCUCAUACUGUUAAUAAGAGAUUAUAAUAUUAAUAUGAGCCACUGUGGCUGUGUUGUUGUUAAGUGUUUUACGGGGUGUGGUGUUUAACAUUCCCAAUUUGCAUAAAGCAAAGUUGACAAGAGGAUGUGAAUGUGUUUUCCUUCCGUGAAGGAUGAGGCGAGUGAGGAUGUUUUUAUACGCAGAUCUGAAGCUCAUGUGAAGUGUAAGGGUUUUAUUUUGUUUCCUCCAGGCUUCACGUUUUGUGAGUCAUUUUGUUUCUGUUCCUGUUGAAAUGCCGAGUUAUGGAGGAAAAGACGGUUUAUUUGUGAGAAUUUUGUCUUAAAAGCGUGCGGAGCAGAGACAUUUUUGUCUCGACCUCUUGAGUUUUAUCAGUCUACUAAUCAUCGAGAAGAAAUAAUGAUAAUUAAAAGAAUAAUAAUAGGUCAGUCGGCCAGUGGUUCAUGUCUUGUGAAUGUAAACUGACACAGACAGUAGUCUUUCCUUUCUGAGCAGUAUUGAGAUGUAACCGUACGUUCUCUAAGAAGAAUUAGAUUUGUAUUUAAGUUACAGUUAAAUGUCUUAUGUAAACUCUGCAAGAAAGACUCAAUUAUAAAGAUUAGUACGACUCAAAGAUCCACAUAUGAAAACUGAAUAUUAUGUGUUCUGCUUAAAAGCACAGAAAACAUGUUCAAACUAUGAAGAGUAUAUAUUUUUAUGAUGUAGAACAUUUGCUUUAACAGCGCACGGAUGUUAAAAGGAGGUUUAAUGACAAAAAUAUGAACAAACACAUUUUAUUCUCAGUCACGGAUAAUUCUGUUUUGUUUUUCCUAGCUAAAUAAUACGAUUUUAAUCCCAGAACAGAGAUUAAAGUAAUGUUCUGCUUUUUUUCAUUGACUGUUGAAAAGUCAUUAAUCAAGAGAGAAAUAAAAACAAAUGUGGAAGAGUCAGUUUUGUUUUCACCAUAAUUAUUAUUUUUGUACAUUGCAGUGUGUUCUUUCUGAUUGACCAGUUGAUUGUUGAACAGAAAACUACAGACAUGUUCAUGUAAAUCCUUGAGUGGUACUAACAAUGUACGAAGAAACUACAGUAAAUACUUACUCACAUCUGACCUGUAACAAAAAGUAAUAGAUUAAUAAUAAAUUAUU